AUGACAUCAAGAGAGGGGCUAGGAAAACAAAUUUCCGCAGCACAGUUUCAGUCUUCACAAGGUUAUGUGACUCAAAAUAAAGUCAAACAUAAUUUUUCCAGAAAUUUGAGUGUGGAUAUUUUCAAGUUUGACCACAGCCUUUUUGAAACGCCUAUACCAAAUUAUUCACUUUUCAAUAGCGAUAGUAUUCAAAUAUUAACCGACAGAUCACCCGAUAAUGAUUUAGAUUGGUAUAAAGAGCCGACGUUUCUUUCUAUGGCCGGGGUUCGUGUUUUUGAGGAUGGAAGCUAUCCCCAAAAUAAAAUGUGGAAUGACACAUUAUGUAGCAUUGUACGGCACAAUAUUUCAGAUAACUGGAGGAUAUCCAUAUUAUACUGCGAUAGACAGUGGACAGAAGCAACACAAAAUAUCAUUGAAAAUUUGCUUCGGGUAAGGAACUUGGAAUUCAGCAGUAUUGAAAUCACGGAAGAGCCCUUUGAGGAUCUGGUAUGCCGAAUUAUUCAACAAUUUCAACCACGGGAAAUCUCAUACUAUGCCAAUCGGGAUGAAAAAGAGGAUAUUAUAGCAACAUAUAUGAAAAAUAUGCAUUCAAAUAUAGACUACUUUAGGAUAAACGUGCAGUUCUUAUAUUCUUUUAUUAAUCCUUACGUGGAGUUCAAAAAAGUUGUCGUUCUUAUAAAUAAGCACAACGGUAAUCUGAAUUCGGGAUCCCCAACUACAAUGAGCAAAUUAUAUUUUGGCACAUACUUUCGUAUAUUCUAUGCUGGAAGAAGGGAACUAUUAAAUAAAUUUGUCACAAACGAAUUCAUUCCAGAAAAGUUCCAAGCUAAGCUCAAGUUUGAAGCCUCUCGAGUUAACAUUAGCAAUCGAAGGAUACCGACUUCUGAAUUUAAGCAAUAUGGUCAGUUGAAUGGCCGAAGCAUGUUAAGACCAAUUCAGAAAGGUUGCAUCCCGGGGAUUAUUUAUGCAUUGAAGGUCCUCAUUUGUGAUUGUAAUGCUAAUUCUUUUCUUUAUGGUGAAUCCCCAAUAGUUAUUAUCGCGUACGACCCCAUGAUAUCACGUGCAAACCUGGGUCUCUAUGUGAGACAAAUUCCAGUGUGGGAGCCCGUGAAUGAAGUGGCCAUAGUAGACUGCUCGUUACGUGUUGAGAGAUUGCUCCGGAUAAACUUGGGUGCUUGA